UUUUUUUUUUUUUUGAAAAUAAGUAGUUUAUAACUUGAGCUUAAAUAAAAAAACAGUACAGAACAUCAAUAAAGCAAGCAGAUGUUCAAAGUUGGUGCCCGCCCACUUCCAGAAUAGUACACAACAAACCCCCACCAUCAAACAAACCAUAGAAAAGAUGGCCAAAACCAAAAGGGAACCAUUAAUUUGUUUCUCCACCAGAGAGAGCAUUACCACUGCUACAAUCUCUUGGGGCUGGUGGUUGGAUUCUUUCUGUUCCUUUUCGCCUAACUAUACAAAUCAUCGU